AUGUGUGGAAUAUUUGCGUACCUAAAUUAUCAAGUUCCGGUUACACGUCAAGUCAUCGUAAACACUUUGCUCAAUGGCUUACAUCGAUUAGAAUAUCGUGGUUAUGAUUCUGCAGGACUAGCAGUCGACGCCGUUUGCUCAGAACAGAAUGACUUAUUUAAUAAUGAUGGGUCUCACAAAACGUUUACUCGAGUUGUUCGUUGUAAAGGAAAAGUAGCAUCACUGGGACAAGCUGUUAAAGAGUUUCUAACCGAUCAUGACUUUCCAAAUGAACUAAUCACAACACAUGUUGGCAUAGCGCAUACUCGAUGGGCAACUCAUGGGGAGCCAAAUGAAGUAAAUGCUCAUCCCCAACGUUCUGGUCCUGACAACGGGUUCGUUGUAGUGCACAAUGGUAUUAUAACCAACCACGUAGAUCUUAGGGCAUUACUGAGUCGUCGCGGUUAUAUAUUUGAAUCUGAAACAGAUACAGAAGUGAUUCCAAAAUUUAUGCAAAUGAUUUAUGAUUCACAUAAAGAAAAUCCUAUUACCUUUUUAGAAGUUGUUGAAUUGGUUGCUCAGCAACUGGAAGGAUCGUUUGCAUUGGCAUCCAAAAGUUGUUACUACCCUGGUGAAUGUGUUGUGGCAAGGCGGGGUUCACCAAUGUUGGUUGGAAUUAAAAGUCCGCAUGAAUUGACAAUGAAUCAUAUACCAGUGUUUUAUAAACCGAAUAGUUCUAACACUAAAUAUAAUAUUCGACCGUUAUCCAAUGAUGGGCACGUUGAUUUAGGAGAUUCAUCAAUGGAACAGGUGACACAUUUUUUGAGUGGCGCGGAUGGUCAUCGAGAAAUCGAGUUUUUCUUUGCAAGUUGUGCAAGUGCAUUAAUUGAACAUACUGACAAAGUUAUUUUUCUAGAAGAUGAUGAUGUAGCGGCUGUUCGUAAUGGUCAACUGACAAUUCAUCGUUUAUCAAGAAGUGCAUCAGCGACACGUGAAGUUGUUACCUUACAAAUGGAAUUGCAACAGAUUAUGAAAGGCAAUUAUGAUUAUUUUAUGCAAAAAGAAAUUUUUGAACAACCAGAAUCGGUGUUGAAUACAAUGAGAGGUCGAAUAAAAUUCGAUAUGAAUACUGUGAAAUUAGGUGGUCUCGCUGAACAUCUAAGUGCAAUACGUCGUUGUCGUCGACUCAUAUUCAUUGGCUGUGGAACUAGUUAUCAUAGCGCAGUUGCAACUCGUGCACUCAUUGAAGAAAUGUCUGAACUACCAGUUAUGGUUGAAUUAGCUAGUGAUUUGUUAGAUCGUAAAACCCCAAUAUUUCGUGAUGAUGUUUGUGUAUUUAUAAGUCAGUCAGGUGAAACAGCAGACACUUUGUUAGCUAUGCGUUAUUGUAUCAAACGUGGAGCACUUGCUCUUGGUAUCACAAACACUGUCGGUUCAUCAAUAUCACGCGAAUCACAUUGUGGAGUACAUAUCAAUGCUGGACCUGAAAUUGGAGUGGCUAGUACUAAGGCCUAUACAAGUCAAUUAAUUGCCCUGGUAAUGUUUGCUUUAGUCUUAUCUGAAGAUCGCAUCUCUAUUCAACCAAAGCGUAUUGCAAUUAUUGAAGCACUAUCUAAGUUGUCUGAUCAGAUACGUUCCAUAUUAAACAUUUUGGUCAUGGGUCGUGGUUAUAACUAUGCUACUUGCCUGGAAGGCGCAUUGAAAUUAAAAGAAUUAACUUAUAUGCAUGCAGAAGGUAUUAUGUCUGGUGAAUUGAAACAUGGUCCAUUAGCAAUGAUUGAUAGUGAAAGCACUAUUAUAAUGAUUAUAACACGUGAUCGUUUAUUUAAAAAAACAUUGAAUGCAUUGUCAGAAAUCAGAGCACGUAAGGGUCAUCCGAUUGUUAUUUGUAAUGAAGGUGAUUCACAAGUUAUGGCAGAUGCAUCAUAUGCUAUUCAAAUACCUGAAACAGUUGAUUGUUUACAAAGUGUACUAGCAGUUAUUCCAUUGCAGUUGAUUUCAUUUCAUAUUGCAGUACAACGUGGAUUAGAUGUUGAUUGCCCUCGAAAUUUGGCGAAAUCUGUAACAGUUGAAUAA